GCUGUAGCUGCGGAUCAUCGCACUCUAAACAGUCGAAGAAGUCAAAAUGGCAGCCACCAUGAAGGGACCUGUAGCUGUUGAAGACGUGAAUGUCACUUUUGAAGACCAGCAGAAGAUCAAUAAAUUUGCCAGGAACACGAGUCGCAUGACGGAGCUCAAAAAUGAAAUAGAAGCAAAGAAAAAAACGCUGCAGAACCUCCAGGAUGCCAGCGACGACCUAAUGAUGUUCGACGACGACUCCCUAUUGAUCCCUUAUCAAAUUGGCGAUGUCUUUAUCAGCCACACCCAGGAAGAAACACAAGAGAUGUUAGAGGCUGCAAAGGAAACACUGGAGCAGGAGGUCAAAGGCCUCGAGGACCGAGUGUCGGCGAUACAGCAACUGUUGGGUGAUCUGAAGGUCCAGCUCUAUGCCAAGUUUGGUAACAACAUUAACCUGGAGGCAGAUGAAAGCUGAGCAGUGAAAUGGACUUUGACAGCUGCUCCACCAUGGACUUUUACAUGCAGCUCUUGUAUCAGAUCCACAGGAUGUUUGCCAAACAGAAGAUCAACAUGAAUGGCUUAGGUUUGUAGCUUCUGGCUGAUGUCUUCAGUUUAGUUCUGGGAAACAAAUUUACAAGGACAACAAAGGUAAAGAUGUGGGGAUUAAAUAAAUGCACAUUAUUUCUAAUGUAUUUUAGGUGGCAUCUUAUUUAAUGUUCAUGUUUGUUUUUUUACUCUGUUGAUCGAACUGAAGUAAAAAAAAAAAAAAGAGGAACGAAACCACUGUCUAGUAGUUUAUCUUGUAAUAAUUUUAACAGUCUGAAACACUGCACAAGAACAUGUUUGAUUUGAAAUCUCACUUUGUUUGACUGUCCUAAAAGCAGGACAGAAUUAACAUAUUCUCCUAACACAUCAGUGUAUUUUGGCAAUUAACGACUGAAGUGAAAGACCUAAAAAAAAAAGAGAAAAACUCAACCUGCUUAGCUUUUUUUUCCAGACUCAUCUUUUUACAACAACAACAACAAAAAGCUGAAAUGUUUGCAGCCAACAAAUCUUCUGUCGGAAUUGCAAUCACAGACAGAGCUAACAUGCAUGCAAAUUGAGGUAUCUUUGCUUAAUCUGUGUCCAUACUCUCUGAUUAGAUCCAGUUUAGAGAAACAGAUAGACGAAGAAGUAGAAAUCUGCCAUGAAAUCCACACAACUCAGUGGAAUUCAGAAAGGGGUAUGAUAAUUAGAAAAGUAAAAGAACUCAGACUUUGUCGAGACUUUGCCAUCUGACCAAACGGGUUGAGACGAAGGCAACGUUCGAGGAAGAAACAGUCGGUGCACUAAUAGCCAUGCAGCAGGGAUCUUGUGUCAAUAAAUUAGUUUAAAUGUAUUUUUCCGCAUUUGUAUGAUCGCAAAAUAGACACAAUAUAGACAUUGCGCUUUCUGAAUUUACUGAGUAUUAAUUAUUGAGGCAUGUAUUUGAUUUAGCUAGCUAUAAUAAUUGCUGUGGUCUCUUAUAAGUACUUUCUGGUCUGAGUUCCCCCACAGUUGUUACUUUGAUUGAUCAUUUGCUCUUUUUUUUUGGUCACAGACUUCAUAAGGCUGACAUAGCUUGAAACAAUUAGAAAGGGAGAUUAAAGCUACCUGCAUUGUUAAACUACUACUUAAAUUACUUCUUGUGUACACACAAUGUUGUGGUUGUCGGAUGAGAUUAAGAAUUGAGCAAAUGGAUCUUGAGGUAAAACAACAUUUCGAUUCAGUGAAACCAAAAAUCAAGCUAAAUGAGAUCCCCUGUCACAAAGUCAUAACCUCAUAAGAUGCAGAUCAUUUUCAUUUGGAUUACUGAAUAUUAAUGGGGGGAAAGAAACAUGAAAUUAUCUAGUGACCAGUUCAGACAGAAACUCACACUUAAAGUUAAAAUGUUGUACAUAUAUUACAGUAUUUGUUUUCAAAGCAAUUUAUCAAAUCAGUGCAGGAAUCAAAGCAAAAGCUGCAGUAGGUCUUAAACAUCAAUAGAUUCAGGUAUAGAUUUCGCUGUCUGUAAUAUUUUUGCUCCAUGUUAAUUCUCCGUAUACACCGUGCUCCGACAAAUAUCAACAAUGCACAAACCUCAUUAAAUUGUGCCCUCAAGUGUGGCCUGCAUGGGCUAAUAAAAUAUCUGGGAAAAAAAAAAAUGGAGAGCUUGAAGUUAUAGCAGACGCCUCUGGAGGAUCAAGAUCUCAAUUAACAAGUUUCUCCUCCCAGUAGCUUUGCUGCUGAACAUUCAUAGCUAUGAUUAAGAGGAACUCCACCCACACAGGCUUGUCUUUAUGCACAGCUUGUUAAACCUCCGGCUCAGAGGAACACACAUGGAAAUGACUGGGCUUAUUUCCCCGAUGGCCUUGUUUAUUCUCCGUCUCUGUCCCUUCUCUCCCUCUUUAUGUGUUCGUUUCUGUCUUUUCGCUCCCCUGCUUUCUCCGUAAUGACAUGUAUGUUAAUAUUUAGCAACUGUGCAGCCGGAUUUCGCAUUACACUUUGACAGCUUUUAAAUCGGUAUGUUUUCCACUGAAGCACUCCACUGCACUUACUUGUCAGUUAAGGUGGAGUGUAGUCUGCUGAAAUCUGACUGAUUAGUGUUUUCCUACAAUUACAACAGUAAGAAUGAUAAUUAUUUGGCUAAAACAUGAUGUAAGUAUGUUGUUUAAUUCACUGAACACUGUGGAGUGCUCCUUAGACUGUUAUUUGAAGGAACACAAUCUGAGGUUGUGUCAGAAAAUAUCCACGGCUUUAAGUAACAGCAGGAACAGACCAGUGGGUGUCUCUGUCUCCCCAGUAAUUUCACAGUGAGAUAAAAUACAUUUUACUUGUAUGAAGAUGCGUUCAUUGGAUAUGGCUGCACUUUGCCACUAUUGGAGAAACACAACAAACAAAAACCGUUUACGUCACACUUCCUGCACAAGAAUUGUGAAUAAGAUGCAGUUGUACACAUAUGCAACUGAAAAAUGCUUUUCAAAUAAAGAUAAGAGUCUUC